AUGGAAGACCACGGCUCUCCCGUCGUGCAUUUAAAUCUCAACAAUCAAUUCCAAUCUCCGCCUGCUUUUACGCCAGUUCUGAAUCUGGCCGGUCCACCAUCAAGUCGCCGUGGUACCACGGGGACGCCGGCAUCAACUCAGGGACCGUUCUCGUUCGCUCAUCUUCCCCCCUACAUUCGACCACCAUCGCGAGAAUUCAGUGCCGAUGACCUUGAAUUUCUACAUCGACGUGGAGCAUUCUCCAUACCGGACGACGAGCUGCGUGAUCAGCUACUCCGAUCUUGCAUUUUAUACGUUUAUCCCUAUCUUCCUAUCAUCGACUUGCAGGACUUCCUCAGUGCUCUGGAUGGCACGGGGGGCUCACCGAUCAGCCUCCUCCUGUUUCAAGCCGUCAUGUUCGCAGGCACAGCGUUUGUUGACCAGCAGUACCUGAACCAAGCUGGCUUCGCUGACCGUCGUACCGCCCGCGUAUAUUUCUAUAACAAGAUUAAGCUCCUAUACGACUUUGACUGGGAAGCCGACCGGCCCACUGCAAUCCAAACGAUCUUACUGCUCGCGUACUGGUACGUCGCAGAGAACGAUCUAAAAGACCCAUGGUACUGGUUGGGUGUGUGCAUUUCGCUGGCCACGAGCUGCGGCUUGAAUCAAAGGUCCACACUCGCGAAAAAGGAUGCUAAGACGGCCAAACUUUGGAGGAGGAUCUUCUGGGCAUGCUAUAUCCGAGAUCGAGUCAUGGCGAUUUCGAUGCGGAAGCCAAUGCGUCUCAAGGACGAGAGUUCCGCACUGCCGAUGCUCACGGUGGAAGAUUUUGACAUCGAGCCAAUCGAGACUUCUGUCCGAGCGGUUCGCGAAUGUGCUUUUUUCACGAGUAGGUCAAUAAGGGUGGCGCUCGCCGAAAUGUGUGUUUCCAAAAUCAAGAUUUUAACCACCAUCGGCCGUAUCAUCAGAAAGUUGUAUGUGCUUCAAGGAUUCUCCGGCACAACUGCGGACUCCAUCAUGCUGUAUUCACCCAAGAAAUCACAUUUCGAGGCCAAGGAAGUCUUCGAGUUACAAGACGAGCUUGACCGAUGGCAACGAAUGCUCCCUGUAAGCUGCCAAAUCAGGACGUAUGAUCUGGACCCAGACCCGCACGAAUCAUUUCUUCAUCUUCAUAGAUCGGUCCUUAACAUGAUGUUUUGGAUGGCCUUGGAGGCUCUCCAUCGACCGACCACACUGGCCAAGGAGCCAUCGACAUCUCUGACCAACUUCCUCCAACAGAAAUCACGGCCCCGUGUCAAAGAAGCGGCGGAGCGAAUGUCGGAGAUGGUCCAAUCUCUGCGUGAACAGGAUUUGGUCCGCUUCCUCCCGCCCAUAUCGGUCGCAUUCAUGCUACCGGCCAUUGCCUCCUUUCUCGUAGAAAUCAAAUCGACGGGAAAGUCCUUGGGAGAUCUUCCAGGUCACCAGUUCCACCAAUGUGUGCGAGCACUGUUGAGCCUGCGGGACAUCUGGCCCAUUGCUGACUCCGCCUGCUUCUUGGUCGGGCUCAUGAUCACCAACAGCCAGAUCGGCACGGAGAGAACACUGGGAAUGCAAGCUGCACCCCUGGCGACCGCGAAUGAGAGUUCGCAAAGCUCCCGAGAAAGCUCGGCUCUUGAACAGCAGCUUGCUGAGAGUGGAGAAAGCAUCCCACCCUUCAGACCGCGAGUCGUGGUUGGAGAACAAGACGAAGGGAAUGACGAGGAAGAAGAGAAUGACAUCGCCAGCCAGCCCGAAAUCGCCGGCGUGGUGAUGCCCGCCUCUACAGAUUUGGGAUACUCACCAGGCGCAAUGGGCAAUAUCCCGGGCGAGUGGGGCGAGCAGUUCCAAUUUCCAUGGACGAUGGCUGAAUUCGGCUUCGGAAAUGGGAGUUCAUUCCUCGAUGAGAAUGACAUGUAUAUUGACCCGACCAUGGGCGACUACAGUGUCGACACCGCGUUUAACCACGGGUUGAUGGAUUUCAACACCGCAGGUAUGUCGUCGUCGGGCGUUGAUCUUGGUGUUGGCGGCGCCGAACACCACAAUGAUUCUUCCUCCUAUCCUGAUCCUGCUGCGACCGGUGCUUCUAGGAAUUGGAUGGCAGAGGCGUCGCAGGAGUAUUCACAGCAUCUUCGCUCGGGCCUUCCUACGUGA